GCCGAGUUAUUGUUCGCUAGCUAGCGCUGCCUCUCUCCGGCACCGCGAAGGUGUUCUCCCUCUCAUUCAGCAAUGACUACAGACACCGACUCAAACGCGAGGAGAGAGCAAAUCAAUGAACUGGCAAACGCCCUUUUGCGAAACCAUACGGGAGCCCGCGAUGCAGAAGUCGUGCACGACGUUGAAAGCAGCCUACAGAUGAACGGCUUCCUGGACCCAAGCGACCCAACUGAGCUCAUACAGACCCCGAGCAUCACUCGCGCUAUUAUUCACAUUCUGCUUGACAAGCACCUCUGUGGAUACAGCGUAGAAGAGCUGACAUCCUGGCACCAGAAUCCACUCGAUUUCCUACAAACCAUGCCUUAUAUUGGCUUUGUGAUGUUGCUUACGCACGUCAUUGUUCGCGCGCACCAAGCUGUACUCGAGAAUCCACGCUUGCUCCGGUCAGCUCGGUCAUCAAAGGUCGAACAAUCCGCCGCUUUCAUUCUGGAGAGACUUCCGCGUGUGUGGCAGGCGAUCUGGGACAUUAAAACACCAUUUCUUGACUUCCCUGGUCUGUACGGCACUACAUUAUACAAACAAUUCGCACUUUUGGGGCUUCGGCAAGUGCAGCUCGAGUUGCUCAGCGCCUCGAAACGAGUGGCUAAGUCUGAUCGCUUGGCGCAUGUUCAACUCGCAAUUUGGAUUUAUGGAGACGAGGCAGAGAUACGCUCGAUGGCGAGGGACCUGGCUUGUAGGAUCGUUAUGAGCGAAUUCAGAGCACGGGGAGAGGAAGGAUACAUCGCGUUCCGUGCGGAAGUGGCGACGGGCGUUAGAGGUGGUAUCGCAACUGACUCCAUUGCGGCAGCUAUACAUCGAGACUUGGAAGACGAAACGUUUAUCGACCAAAACCUUAACCAGACUCUAUAUGCCCUGCUGGUAUACUCUACCCCGGGACCACACAGCAUCGUGCAAGAAUCUCCCUCACACGCUCGAGUGCUUCUGGCGCACGCACUGGCGGCCUGCCGUAGAGAGCUGUGUAGAACUGGAGGGGAAGAGCGAGAGAUGCCACGCGAUAACCUCCACACUGCUACUACAUAUAUGUUUGCUGAUACACAGGUGGAGACAGUCCGUGUGACCUGUACCAUCCUAGGCGAGCUUCUCAGCCGGUGUCGCGACGUCUUGCGCAGUCAUUCCAGGAAUAGCUCUGGAUCUACCAAUACCCGUCGGCGACUGAAACUCUUCCGAGGUUCCAGUCGCAGAUACCAGCAAGCCGCCGUACAGGCUAUUCGUACCCAUGGUCAAAAGAUACAUUCCCAAUGGAACACAAUAUUGCAAUCCCUGGACUCUCUUGGGGAGUAUCUUAACCGCGUGGAAGACGGGUUCGAUCCGAAGUCUCCAGAUACCGACGGUAGCCCAUUUACCGCGCUCAAGCGAUGUCACUGGUCAGAAUGCCUCUGUAGUGUCUACAAGCCGAGCCAUCGCCUCCGAAUUUGUGAAGGUUGCUGGCGGGUUGCAUACUGCAACAAGAUUUGUCAGUCCAAGGACUGGUUAGAGCACGCACCCACUGUGGGCGGACAUCCAGUACCCGGUCUGGCUGAACCGAUUCGGCGCCAUAGCACGCAUAUAACCAGCUUUCGCUACCCUCUCGUUGUAUCGAUCGAACAGUCUGGGCCCUGGCACAACCUCUUGAACCAUGUGUUAUUAUCCGCGCAGUUCACUAGCAUCCUCUGUCGCGCUGCACAGUUGUCGUGUACUCACAUACCCUACCAUGCGCUAUCGUAUAGGUCAUUCGGUGAUGAUCUUGAUGCAAUAAUCCCCGGUACUCCUGUAGCCACGAAAAUAGACUCUCGAUGACCGAAAUUAUCGGAGGGAGAGGCGUCCACACGAUAGCUUAGCUGUCUGUCUCCUCCAUGCACAGCCAGUCGCCGUCAUCCUUGGAAAUGCAUCACAUGCCGGACCAUAUAGUUCGCCU